GUGGCACCAAAAGCGUUGAUCUUUUUUUGAAAGCACAGCAGAGAGAAGUACAUAUUCGAGUGGGGUGGUGACUUGCCGCAAUGUAUUACGAAGUAAAUUUGGCUUGCUACCCGUCGUCGUUUGUCGCAUCCAAAAGAAAGCACAGCUGAAAGGAGGCUCCUGCGACAGGAUCACACGAGCAAGCGGCGUGCCUCGCAGUUACGGGAUGCCUAGCAGCAGACGAGCAAGACCAUCAUGGUGCGCGGCUGCGGCCGUGCCCACACACCAGCAUUCUUUCAAGAGUGUGGUCGGAAGCCAUUCAUCACUUUUGCUUUUCCGUUUUUCAUCGUCAGUGCUCGCAUUGCUGCUCCUUCACCAGCCCUUUCCCUGCUUUGCCGCGAGUUUCUGGUCCUCCUUCUCCCCAACAGCAGGCAGCGUGGACACCGCAGUACGACACCAAACGCAAAAGGAGCCCUUCUUCACGGCAUUCGGAGAUCAACUUCGCCCGCAUGUUGAUUCUCCUGCCGCCGUCCCGGCCGCCCUCAGUGUCGGUCUGGAUUCGCAGUUGCGCGGUUUGGUGACGAAGCAAACUUCAUUGCCGUACUCUCCAUCUUCGUCCAUCGCAACGACCUAUGGCCGUGGGGAAUCCCCCCUCGCCGCAUUUACAACUGCAGCGUUCCACCAGGGGCAGAGGAAAAAGUUCAGCAUCAGUCCGCACUUCUGCGACGCAGCGCGCGUUUUCCACCGGUCGUGUGAUUCAGGCUACAGCUCGUCGUCCUCGGACGAUUCAAGGUCAUCAGCGGGGCAGUCCGUGAUAGAGUACGGCGAUGUCGCAGAGCGUCGAGAUAAUUGCACAUUCGGCCACGAGGAAUUCGCAUCGGGUAAGAACGGGAAAGAAGGAGAUCGGCUCAGCCGCCCCGAGGAGGAGGACGAACAUUGCAAUGAGCGACACGGCGGACCAUGUCAUGAUCAGGAAGAAAUCACUAACGAUGUUGCCGCGAAUCAAAAUCUUGAGCUGGAAGCGAAUGGCGGUCACGGAAAUUAUCCACCCAUUGGCACACAACAUCGAAGCAAGAGACUGCAGCACCCGCCCGCUUCGCCAUCUGACGAUCAUUACAGUUUGACAUCAAGUGCCUCCGAGCAGGUAUUUUUGUCCUCUUCCCCAGCGUCCGGCUCGUCUCGCCAGGAAACGACGGGACCACUGGAGUUGACAACCUCCACAUCUUCCGCUUCUUUCGUCGGUGGAAGUAGAGACGACAACGAGUCUGAUGAUACAGGAAUGGGAGAGGGAACUGGCACUGGGUACUACGGUAACGAGAAUGAAAAGCAAAGUGAUUUGCGGGCGUCGUCGUCGAGAUCGAGCGCUAUGUCACCAAGACGAGCGUCAAUGUGGUCUAGUCCGCGUCGUGCAUUGAACCGCCGAACGCGCCGGCUGGAGCGAUCGAUUCUCCGGGACUCCAUCAACCACCGGGGGUGCAAUGUCAUGACUCGUGAUUGGAAGAAGGUCUUUCAACUUUUCAACUUGCUCAAAAUCGGUUCUUGCGCAGAGGAAAAACAAAUAGAGCAGGAGAAGGGCGACGACCGAGAUCUCCACCCUGUGGGUGUCGAAGGAAUUCUUGGGGCGAACGAGGACAGUGUUGGCGAAAGUAAAGCCCACAAUCAGGAGCAGGACCACCAAAGAAUCCAACCGCAAUCAUUGGAGUCGGAGCAGACGACGCCGCAGGAAAUUUUUGUAAAAUCACAGCCCGCACCUGUCCACGCACCAGAUACGCCUUCAACAUUCUCCUCAUCCAUUGCAUCAGCGACUUUGCCCCGCGGACCCGAGAUGUUCACCAUUUUCGGUGGUUCCUCCUCCUCUGGUGGCGGCGAAGAAGGGUCCAACGUUUCCUCAGUGGCUUGCUCACCUCCAGCGCCUGCUUCUUCUGUGUCCUCUUUGGCCGGCGCGAGCAGCUGUAGGUACAACCCCGGCUCCUCAUCGUCCUGUGUGUCCUCCAGCCUGGGGAGCCGUCAGUCCUCGAUGACCGAACCGGGGGAGUCUGUAAUGCUGGUUCCGAUGAACAGAAGCAAUAGCUGCAAUACGUCGAAUACUCGAAGCCAUUGCAGCGGGAGUGAAAAUCACGCUGGUCCACCUCGCCGGCAAAAAUCAAACGGCGACGCGGCUUCUUCAUCCCCGCCUACGGUGUGUCGCUCCAAUCUCCAAGAAGGGAAACGAAUUCCACUCGUCCCAAAGAGCAGCAAGCGGUCCGCCGACCAUUUUGCAGCAAGCAAACCAGUGGGUCCCCCAGACCGGUUUGGUGCGGUGCUCGGGCCGGCACGGAGGUGGAAACCGAAGGAGCAAGAGCAACCGCGGCAGGUUUCCGCUGCUUCUGCUGCGUCCGGCUCUACCAGCACGACGCGGGCACCGGCUCUGGAAGAGAGUGCUAAUUCGUUUCACGUGCAGGAUGAGGCUGAGGACCAUCCCGAGUCGCCAUCGGCGGUCGACGAGGAACUAGCACCCAGCUGCAGCACUCCCACGACGACAGCAAUUAUUGAGAAUCAGCCACAACUACGACCAGAACACGACGAUCAAAGUCAAGUUGUCCCUGAUCCGGCCUGUCACGACCUCCUCAUCCCCCGCACAACGCCUCCGGACAGCGCAAAAAUUUACUACGAUGAGAGCGUCAGCCUCUUCUCGCCCUCGCCGGUGUGCUUGAAAAUCCGGCGAUCCGGCACCAUGCUGCGCUCCUGCACGGAAUCGUGCGCCUAUUCGCCGGAUAACGACUUUCAUUCCUUUUUGGAAAAUGCGCAACACGGAAGAAAAGCGACACUAUUGCGGCAGAAACUGAACUCCUUUCGCCGGGCACGGUCGGAGGAGGCGGGUUUGCGUUGUGAUGUUCGAGGGCUUCGUGGAUCAUUUUCUUCAAAUGCGGAUAGCAGUAGUUCGAAUCAUGCACGCACGAUUUUUAGCGAAGACGACACGACCACCGGGGAGCAUCAACAUGAUGUUGUGGUACGAAAUCAAAGGCACCCUCCUCGGGCCUUUUGGUCCGCCACUCCGACGGCGCACGCGCUACCGCAGAUAAGUACGGACGGUUUUGAUCCUGAAGAAGGAACUGCACAUGCAUCGCCGGGACAAAACGAAAGCAGCAGCUCUUCUAGAAGGAGCACCCCAGCGUCUACUACUAUCGCGAGGUCCUCUGCUGCAGUCCAAGGGGCAGGAUCUGCAGAGCAACAUGUUCAACAGCAGCAGCGCGCCGUAGUUGUUGCCAGUAAAAACCAGGAAGGCCUAGUACCUCUACUUUCACCUGAGGAUGAGGACGUCAAGGCGCCGCCCCCAGGUGCUUUUUCAUCCAACACCUUACCAAGUUCCACUGCGCCGGCGCUACUUGAGGCUGAGUCUUCAGCCCCUCGCCUUACCGCCGAGGACACCAGCACUCGUUCCACAUCUUCUUCGCGCCAGGCAAUCUUCACCUCCGCAGCGCAAACGUCCAACACCAUCCCGAUUGUGCACGACAUGAGCACGCCGAUGCAUGUUGACCAGGACGUGGAGCGGAUUCAGUUGUUAAAAAAGAGGAGGAAGGAGCAGCUGGAAAAUUUGCAACUCGAUCACGACGAGCUUUACGACCUGGUUCCCUGGCACUAUCAAGUGCAAAAAUGUCUGGGUCUGGAAGGUUAGAACUUGUCAUGCUAAAUCUGAAUGAUGCUAAAAUCUUUGUUGCGUGAGUACCAAAAGCUGUCCGCUUUUGACCAAGUCGAGAGGGAGUUUCUCAUGCAGGAAAGGGAUGAUAGAGACCUCAAAAAAUCUGUCAUGCUGGGUCUCGCAUUCCAGACCUCAUGGGUCAUGGAAAACCUGCGUCACAAAUCUUGCAUUCUUCCAGACCCAGCCAUUUUUAUAUUUGAUAGGCACCUCGUCUCCACAAUUCACAGCAAGGGGAGCCCGAGCGUGACACCGCCGGAACACGGCGGGUCAUCUGCUACGGCCUCGUGGGCGGGAGAUCAUGAGGUGCUUUCAACUAUUGGCGGUGCAGGGAUUUCCGUCGGCGUGGAGCAAGAACGUGGUCGUGCGACGGGAGAUGCAAAUCAGGCACAACAGCUGGGCGGCAGUGGAGGUGGAGCUGCUGCUGCCAGUGCAUCGGGCGCCGCUGGCGGUGGUGCCACAACUUCUGUUGAUGUCAGAGAUGGCGGAGAGGACGAUGACGCGAGGAGCGCGAGCUCUCGGGUUGCUUGAAGACAUCGGAAUAAGAGCAGUUGUCUUGCUGAUUUCCUAUGAAGAUUUCGACAGUCUGCCACAGCUGCUCGUCAAGUUCCGUGAUGCUGAAAAAUUUUGCAAUUGAGUACAGCCAUACACUUUAUUGGUUUCGAAAAAUUAUUCGGAAAAUGAGAAUAAUUGAAUGUACAUGUUGACAACCAACAAGCGUAUACAAUGACAAUGAGAUGGAGAUCAAAAUAACGUACCACUAUCUUCAAUUUUGCAGUGAUAUUGAUAACAGUUUAAGAUAGGAUUAGAGCAGGAGCAGCUAUUGGGCGAAGAGGUCCGCUCUAGGUUAUAGACAUCUUCACAAAUUCAAAUGCCAAGCGGUAAGGUAUCUCGUUCGCUCUAGUAAUCGGAAAGACAACAAAAAACCGGCUACAUCAACUUACACACACAUUUCAUUUCCAUAUUGCCUGAAUGCCAGGCGUGCUGGAUCUAUUUAAUAGUCGUUUUCCAAAAUAAAUGACGCUGCUGCGAGGCGAUUCAUUUUUGAAAACUUCGCAAUGGUCACACACGACAAACCAGGCGGAUCGCAUACCGGAGAAAGCACGUCGUAGGUCGGUUUGAUUUCCAGUUGGAAGUGAUACGACGAGAUUGCUGAUUUAUUUGCGAAAUUCCAAUUAAUUUUGUAAAUUGAUUUCAAAAACGAACCGCAGUCCUGUAUGAACGAUGAUAUUAGCCGACAUAAAUGAGACUCGACAGAGUUCCAACAUUGCGCGGAAUUUAUUGGUAGUUGUUCAGCCGUGGUCCGUUCCUGCGGAAAACAUACCUGCUCCGAUUCAUUUCCAUUCCCUUUUAUUAGCAGCAGAAGUGUUCAGUUUCAGUUUCUCUUUCUCACCUCCUCAGUCGCAAAACGAAAUCACAUCGCUGAACAAACUUGUUUGCAGCAAAACGAAGACCAAGAUCCAAC